AUUCCAUCAUAUUUCACUCAUUUUUAUUUUGGUUUUAAUUUUGGCUGCUGAAUGCUGAAGAAAGAAGGGACAAAUGUGAAAUUAAUUAAUCUAAGGAAAAAAACCUAUAAAAAUAAAACAAAAAUUUUUUAUUAUAAUUUUUUUUUAAUCAUAUAACAACAAAAAAUGGAUGCCUUAAAUGAUACAUCACCGGAAAUUCUUUUAGAACGUCCUGGUAAUCCGUUCGAUAAUAAAUUAAUUCGUCGUCAGAUUAGCAUGAAAAGACAAGCAGUAGCUAAAUCAAGAAGUGCCCAGGAUAUUCGUAAAUUUGGAAAAACUUACAUAGUUAUUGCAUUUUCGGAAAAAGCUAAAAUAAUGAAAUGUCAGGAUAUAGAGAAAAUUAUUCAAGAAUUCGGUAUGACUACAUAUCUUGAGCAAGUAAGUAAAUACGAAAAAUAUCUUUAUAUUUCGGCGCCAACCGAUGUCUUAUUAAAAUUAGCUGAUGAAAAUGAAUUAAUGAAAAAAACAAUAACUGGAACAAUGCAAAAAUUUAGUUACUACAGCAAAUCAGAUUUUUUAAUAGAUGGUCUAACCGAAGAAACAUUACUUAGAAAUAGUGAAAUUCCCGUCCUGAUCAAAAACGCCAUAAAACCAUCACUUAAGCCAUAUAUUCGCAAUGGAAUUAUUGAACAUUUUUUUGCAUUGCACGAUUUGGAAUACUUAGAUAAAUUUUGUAUUGAAAUUGGUAAACGAUUACCAAUUCAAGAUAUACGUAACUACUUUGGGACAACGAUUGGAUUAUAUUUCGCAUUUAUUGAAUUUUAUACAAAGGCUUUGUUACUUCCAACAAUUUUUGGUAUUUUUCAAUACAUAUUCAAUUUUAAUUUAGCCACAGUUUGUGGUUUUUAUGUAUUAUGGACAACAGUAUUCUCAGAAUUAUGGAAAAGAAAAUGUUCUGGAUUAGCAUAUCGAUGGGGUACUAUUGAAAUGACGAGCUUAGAUAGACCAAGAUCAGCAUAUUAUGGUGAUUUGAAACCCGAUCCAAUUACAGGGAAAUUAACAUUACAAUAUCCUAUCGCAUAUACAUAUUUACAAAUGUAUUGUAUUUCAUAUCCAGUAGUAUUUGUAUGUGUAAUAUUAGCAGCUUAUUUCGCUCUUUAUCAAUUUCAAAUUGAAGCGGAGGUUUUACAUGAUUUUGGUCCUGAUUCGUGGCUGAAUUAUGUACCAGUAAUUGUACAAUCAAUGUUGAUUGCAAUUUUCUCAUGGGCAUAUGAAAAACUUGCGACUUUUUUAACAGAUCAAGAAAAUCAUAGAACAAGAAGUCAAUAUGACAGACAUCGUGUUACAAAAUUAAUGAUUUUUGAAAUUGUUAAUAAUUUCUUCUCAUUAUUUUAUAUAGCUUUUGUUCUUCAGGACUUAGUGCAAUUGAAAUAUCAAUUGAUGAUGCAAUUAAUAAUAUUUCAGCUCGUUCAAAUUUUUCAAGAAUUGGGUUUCCCCUUAAUAGCUGUUAUUAAACAAAAAUAUACAAAAUUUACUAAAAAUGACACAAACAUUGAACGUAAUGUUGAAAAUUUAUUAGAUCCAGUGCUCUAUGAGCAAAUUUAUUUUGAAACUGCCUUAGAUGAAUAUCAAAGUACAUAUGAAGACUAUUUGCAGAUUACAACACAAUUUGGUUAUGUUGUAUUAUUUGCGGCCGUAGCUCCAUUUGCUGCCUUAGGUGCCUUAAUAAAUAAUGUUGCUGCGAUGUAUAUUGACAUAUAUAAGCUUAUAUAUAUUUAUAAACGUCCAUUUGCUAGACGUGCCAAAAAUAUUGGUGCUUGGCAAGUAGCCUUAGAUUUAUUAUCUGUGAUGGCUUUAUUAAGUAAUUGUGGUAUUCUUUAUUUACAACCAAAUGUUAGAGAUUUUGUUGAUAAUUUAUUUCCAAAUAUUCAAACAUUAUCAUUUGUUAUAUUUGAACAUUUUCUUUUGGGUGUAAAAUAUUGUAUACAUAAAAUAAUACAUGAAAAACCAAGAUGGGUUCGUAUUGCAAUGGCUAAAAGUGCUUAUGAGUCAGCUGAAGCCUUGAAAAAUUUAAGAAAAAUGAAAAGUGAUUAAUCUUUUAUUUCUCAAGAAACGGACUUUUUAACUUUUGUAUCCUAUUUUCAAAAAAAAAAAAAAAAAAAUCGUGAAUCCUAUUUAAUCUUUGUUUUUCGUCAGUUUGUAAAGUGUCUUAAAACAUUAAAUGUUAUACACAUUUAUAUAAAAUUUAAGUAUUUAAGCCAAACUAUUAUAGUACUACUAAUUUAUUAUGUAUUUUUGUAAUUUAUUUUUAUGUCCUUAGUAAUUGUUCUUUAUAUUUUCUACUUUAAACAAUUUGGUUGUGAUUAACUCAUUAUUACAUUAUUGAAACUUUGCGUAUUUUUAUAUCAUUAAUUGUUUAAAGCCAAAUAAGUUUGGUCAUCCAUACUGCUUUUUUUUUAUAUAAAAACCAAAAGUUUAAUGGU